CUAGUUCGACCCGUCGACAAAACCUUAAACCCUAAUUCCACCCGCAACGAAUUUGCCCGUGAACGUCUCUACCCUCACACUCCGCACCCUUCUCUCUCUCUACACAAUACUUUUUUAAUGGCGGGUAUGGACAUUGAUGGCAACGUUGAAGAGGCUGCAAGGCGUGUACAGGUCCGGUUCGUCACGAAGUUGAAAGCACCCUUUAAGGCUCCGCCUACUUCUAUUGCUAUUCCCUCUAAUCUUACCCGAUUGGGCCUCUCUUCCAUCGUCAACAACCUCCUUAAAGCCGGAAAUGAUGAUUGGAAUCCCGAGCCUUUUGAUUUUCUCAUUGAUGGGGAACUGGUCCGCAUGUCACUUGAAGAGUUUCUCCUUGCCAAGGGCAUUUCAGCUGAGAAAAUAUUGGAGAUUGAGUACAUUAGAGCUGUGGCUCCGAGGAAAGAAGAAGAGCCAUCUUUGCAUGACGAUUGGGUCAGUGCAGUUGAUGGUUCUAAUUCCAUGUUUGUUGUGACUGGAUGUUAUGAUGGUUUUGGAAGAAUAUGGAUGGCUGCUGGAUCUUGUACGCAUCUACUGGAGGGCCAUACUGAUGCAAUUACUUCUGUUUGUGUUGUCAAACCAAGAGUGGCUCAAAAUGGUGCUGAUCAAAUAGUCGCUACGGCUUCCAAGGAUAGGACACUGCGUCUCUGGAAGUUUGAUGCAGAUGAGUCUUCGGAUCAGACAAAGAGGAUUAGAGCCUUUAAGAUUUUACAUGGACAUAAUGCUUCCGUCCAAAGUGUUACAGCAAAUCCUGCUGGAGAUAUGGUGUGUUCAGGGUCCUGGGAUUCCCAAAUAGCUUUGUGGCAAGCAAGUGGCUGCUCAGAUACAGGUGACGUCAUUUCAGUCAAGAAGAGGAAGAAGAAUGCCGAUGAGGAGGAUCCUCAAGUAGAAGAGGAGGCUAAAUCUACACUUGUAGGACAUACACAGUGUGUGUCAUCUGUGGUGUGGCCACAAGAUGAAACAAUUUAUUCAGCAUCAUGGGAUCACUCUAUAAGAAGAUGGGAUGUUGAGAUGGGCAAGGAUUCAUUGAACCUGUAUUGCGACAAAGUUGUUAAUUGCCUUGAUGUUGGAGGUGAAGGUUCUUCCCUCAUUGCUGCUGGUGGUUCUGACCCCGUUCUUAGGAUAUGGGAUCCCCGAAAACCAGGUUCUUCGGCACCUGUCUAUCAGUUCUCAUCACACAGUUCUUGGAUAUCCGCCUGCAAAUGGCAUGAAAAAUCACGGUUUCACUUGGUUUCUGCAUCUUAUGAUGGGAAAGUAAUGUUGUGGGACUUAAGAACUGCGUGGCCCCUUGCUGUCAUUGAUACUCACAAGGACAAGGUAUUGUGUGCGGAUUGGUGGAAAGGUGAAAGUGUAAUCAGUGGUGGGGCUGACUCGAAGCUUUGCAUCUCUUCGGAUGUUUGUGUGUUGUGAUUAGAGAGAGUAGAGCUUGAUGUGUUUUGCUGACUUUGAAGCACUCUAUCAUUUGAUUGACCUGUUGGUAGUUGUGACAAUUGUUCAUUUGGCAGAAGUUGUACUCUUGGCGCGGGUGACAAGUUAGUUUGUGCGAACAGGAAUUGGCCAAGUAUAUGAUUAGAACUUUUGUUCUGUCAGGACAGAUUCUCCCCUGUUUCCGAUAUUGUGCUUCAAAAGAUGAUGCAAUUUUGCGUAGGGAGAAUCGGCUGGGUCAAAGCUGGAGUUGGAAAUGGUUUGUAUUAUAUAUUCCUGCGAGGCUUAAAUGAAUUGAAGCUCAUUUUUUUGGGUUCCUAGUGAGUUUGCAAUACAAAUAUAUCCCAAGAGAAUUUUCAAAGGAUCUUAUACGGUCACCUAGAACUGUAUUCUAUUUAAGCAACCAUUCGUACCAAUUUAUCUGGAAUUAACUAUAUGAUUAUCAAAAUUUUAUUUUGGAGAUUGGA